AUGUGUGGGCGUAGCCUCUUGAUCUUUCUGCUUCUCAGCGUUCCAGACUGUCGCCUGGAACUGCCAGAGCUCUCAGCCAUCAUUUCAGAGCUCAAUUGGGGACUGCAGUGCAGAACCAACAUAAUCUACUUGGAGCACACACAACCCAACGAUCUGUACGAGGCGAUCAGAAGCACUGUCCCCAGCCUUCUACUCAGCGGCAGCGCCAACCAGUUGACGGGGGAAAUGGUGAGCAAGCCCCUGCUGGUAGUACUCCCCCAGCCAGGCGAUCGAAUCCUGGAACGCUUCGCGCAAUGGCCGACGGCGAUGCAGGAGGCCGACUAUCUCCUGGUGGGUCAGAGCAGUGCCGCCCAUUGGCAGGGCCUGCUCGCGGGAUUGUGGAGCCAGGGCUAUCCCAAUGUCCUGGUGUACAACGGAACGGCCAUGGAGAAAGGUACCCUGUACACCAGCGAGGGCUUUCCACAGCAGCGACUGGGCAGGACGAACGUGAGCCACUAUCUAUGGGCCCGGCGCCACUGGUUCGACGACUUGGGGGCCCUGGAGGUGCGCGUGGCCCUGUACAACAAUCCGCCCCGGACUCUGGUCUACCCAGAACACGGAGUAUAUGACGGCUAUGCGUUGAUGCUGCUGCGUCAGUUCCUGGCCCAUCGCAGGGCCACGUUUGUGCCGGUGCUCACGCCCCACUACCGGGUUUACUCGGCCAACGAUUGCCUGAAGCUGCUGCAUCUCCAGCAGGUUGAUAUAUGCGGGGAUCUACUGGCCUACAGCAAUAUUUCGAGCUUCACGGCCAGCUACACGUAUCUGUACGGGAACAUUCUGAUACCAAACUCGCCGCCCAGGUCCAAGGGCAUCUACACUGUGGCCCCCUACAGCGCCACCAUGUGGAUGACUGUGGCCGCCUACUUGGUGCUGCUCCCCAGCGUCGGGAGCCUCGUGUACUGGCUUCAACGGAGAACCAUUCGCUACGGGAAGUUCGUCCUGGACGCCCUGAAGAGUCUGCUCUCCUCGGGCUUCCAGCUGGGCGAGAUCAGGGGCCUGGUGGGGGUCGUCCUGUACCUCACGCUCGUCUUCACCGGCUUCAUCUGCUCCAACUUCUACCUGGCCGCCUUGGGCAGCAUCCUGGCCACGGGUCUGUACGAGCCGCAGAUCAGCACUUUCGAGGAGCUGGUCCAGCAGAACAUCACCUUCAUCAUCGGGGACUACGACAAGACCGUGCUGCAGACCUACGACUUCCCCGACAUCCUGUGGAACAUCACGCGCGUGGUGCCCUACGACUUUAUUACGCGGCAUCGGGCCGUCUUCGACACAGAUUACGCAUAUCUGGCCCACAGCGAUCGCAUUGCGCUGUUCAACUUCCAGCAGCAGUUCAUGAAGAAGCCACGGAUGCGACCCCUGCCCAUCGAGCUGAUGCACACGCUACCCGGCUUCCCCAUGCGCCGCCAGUGGCUGCUGAAGCAGAAGCUCGGCGAGACGCUGCUCAACUGCUUCAAUAGUGGACUCCUGGAGAAGCUGGCCCACGACACCAACAGGGAGACGAUCCGCAUCGGCUACCUCGGACUCAUCAGAUCCGAGGAGUACCGUGCCAGGCCACUGGCCUUGGACUUCUUCUCCAUGCCCUUCUACAUGAUGUUCACGGGACUGGGCCUUGGCUUUGUCUCUCUGGUGGGGGAGCUCUUGGUCCACCUCCUCGCCAGGGGGAGAAGAGCGUCCCCUCCGGUGUGA